UUAUGCAGAGAUAUUUUGAUUGGGAGCGAGCAGGUGCUGCGUGCUUCAUUUGUUUAUGCAUACAGAAGAAACAAUUGGAUCCAGGAGAUUUAGUUUUGGUUGUAUUUCCGAAUUUUUUCUCAAAUUAUCAAAUCCACUUUCUCUUUAGAAUGGAGGAUAUGACAGAACUACCAAAUGAAAAGCCGAUGCAGGAAAGAGGAGAGAAUGAAGGAAACCCAAUGAGGUAUCCUCCAAGACAAUUUGCAGCCACACCCGAUCCUGAAAACCCUCACAGAGUUUUGAGAGUGGAUGGUGAAGAACUAAGGAUUGCACGGGAUCGAAACAAUGUGCCUGAAAUCACCAUCGAGUCAAUGACUUCAACCACCGAGGAGUCAAAAGAUGAUGCGCACGAUGGGGGAGAUGAAGAGGGGGAACAACAAAGCGUGGUGAGAGAUAAGAAAGAAUCUGAAGAGAAGGAAAAUACGGAAAAUGAAUCCCAAAGAAUAGAUUUUGGUAAACCGGUUGAAAGAGUAGCAUCUCCGAUGAAGCCACGACCAUCGUCUCCGAUUCCUGGACGACGACCUCAGAUCCCAUUAAUGGCUUUAGUUGUUGGAGCAGCCGUGGAGAAAAGUAGAUUGGAUGAUACAUUGGGAAGCGACGAGGCCAUUUAUCAACAAUCAGCGUCCAAAUACAACUCUCUUUUGAAUCCACGCGACAACCAGGUGAGCAGGAAGUCUCUUGUUGCUGAGAUAAUGCAAACAGAUCCACACGGGAACAAACUAGAGAGAGCACCAUCCCUCGGUCGUUAUCAACCUAUGGGAUCAGAUGAUGUUAGUCUACUCAGACCAAGUGAGAUGCAAUCAUACAAGUCAAGAAGCUCAUCUGAAACGCAGCAUUCAGUGUCUCAAUCAGAAAAGCUAUCUCCUACAGAAUCAGCAGGGAAGGAGAGUAUAGAAGUAACCAAGGAAACCGACACAGAUAAAGGAAUAUCUUUCCUUAAAAAAUUCCUUGGCGCGCGGGGUUCGGAUUCUGGUCCGGUCUCCUCAGCAGACAAGGUUUGUAUAUCUUGCAUGGUGAUUGAUAAAAAAGGGUCUCCGUAUUAUUUUGAUUUGAAAACAUUUAUCUAUAGAGGUAAUAAUUCGAUUACACCUACGUGA